AUGUGUGUGCUCGAUCCAGAAAAAGUUAUUAGUAUAGGCCUUUUCAUCCUGUUGAUGCUGGGUUUCUUCGCUCUGGCAGCCGGUGGAUUCAUAUUGUUCCUACAUCCAUACGACUUCUUAUUCAAACAGAAAGUGGUCCUCCAAGAUGGCGGCGAGAUCUUCGAGAUGUGGAGAAAGCCAGAAGUGGAUCUUUACUGCCGAGUGUUCCUGUUCAACAUCACCAACGCUGAAGAGUACAUGGCUGGCACAGCAGACAAGAUUAUUGUGAAGGAAGUCGGCCCUUACGUCUACAAAGAAGCCUUAGAGCAUGAAGUGAAGACCUUCAACGAGAAUGGAACAUUAUCAGCAAUACCGAGGCAUCCUCUGACCUGGGUGGAGGAACUGUCUGAGGGUCAUAAAGAAGAUGACAUCCUGUAUCUACCUCACAUUGCUUUAUUGAGCAUAGCCAACGUGGUAGCGCCCCAGGGCUUCAUGACGCGCUUUGGACUGAACAACCUGAUCAGUCUCACCAACACCAAGCCUCUGGCCAAGAUGACAGCGAAAGAGUUCAUGAUGGGGUACAAGUCUGAGCUGAUGACCCUGGGAAACACCUUCAUGCCGGGAUGGAUCUACUUCGACAAGCUGGGGCUGAUUGAUAGGAUGUACGACUUCACCGGUGACUACGAGACAAUCUACACUGGACAAGAUGACGUCACCAAGUCCGGCCUCAUCGACACCUACAGAGGGUCCACCGACCUCCCUCAGUGGGAGGGCAAGCAUUGCAGUAACGUCCAGAACGCCUCUGAUGGCACCAAGUUCAAAGGGGCUCUGGGGAAGAACGAGUCGAUUUUGUUUUAUAGGAAGAGUCUUUGCCGGGCUGCACCUUUGGUACCCGUCAAAGAAGGCACCAGAAGUGGUCUUAAGGCGUACAUGUAUACCUUCCCAGAGAAAAUGCUGGACAACGGCAAAUAUCACGAAGAGAACAAAUGCUUCUGCAGAAAUGGUAAAUGCCUCCCAGACGGUUUGAUCGACGUCUCAAAUUGCUACUACGGCUUCCCCAUAGCGCUGUCCUACCCUCACUUCUACAAGGGAGAGGACGUCCUGUUCAGCAAGGUUGAAGGCCUGAGUCCGAACCAAGAGGAUCAUGAGACUAGGUUCUGGAUACAGCCCGAGUCAGGUCUACCCUUAGACGUGAGCUCCAAGUUCCAAAUCAACAUGGCGCUGGACGACAUUAGCAGCAUCAAGAACGCAGAACGAUUCUCCAACAUGUACCUACCUCUGCUGUGGUUUGAUAUUAGAAUGUACUCUCUCACGCCAUCUCUAGAAGACCGCUUUAAACUCUACUUAAAUAUCCUACCAGUUGUGGAGAAGGUAUCCAUGUAUCUCCUCUUCGCCACUGGUGUCUGCCUCAUCCUGACAACUGUCUACAUCCUCACCUUCAAGGUCAUGUUCAAGACUUUCGACCAGAAAAAGAAGCAACGGAACAUCGUCAUUGGGACCGAUAUGUGGGUCGAAAAAGAGGUCAAAGGUAAGAAGAACAAGGACUCCAUAUACGCUCCUUGCGAGAUCCCCCUAGACGACACCGAAUCUGAUAAUUCUGAUCCUCAAUUCGAUCCUGAAAGAAGACCAUCUUUGUUGAAAACUCAUGGCGAUAGAAUUAAGGAAUUAAGCCACAAAUUAAGCGAUAAAAUGUACGAUUCGGUUGGAAGUAUGAGGGAUAGAGUUAGGGAUGAAAUUACACAUGUAAAGAACAUCUUUGGGGAUAGAAAGAAUUCUCUUAUUAAUGAAUCGAAUGCAAACGACGCUUACAAAUCUGAUUCUGGUGAAGAUGAGAAGUUUGGGUAUGCAGCAGUUGGACAAACAGACAGUGAGGAUGACUGCAAGUAUUUAGAGGUCUUAGAUGAUGGUAGUGAGUUUGAUAAACAAACAAACGAUGACAGGACUGACAGAUCGAAGCAUUUGAAAGAACUAGACUCAGGUAGAGAUGAACUACUUCACAUAUCUGAUUGAGGAUUCAGUUUUAAUUUUUAAUGAUAUUGACUGCUUAUUUAUGUUAGAAUAAUUUGAUAAUUCUAAAUU